GAACAAAUGCUAACAGAUGAAGAGACUGCCAGAUUAGAAGAUGAAGAGGAAGAACAUGAUAAUUAUUAUGAUGGUAUAGAAAGUGAUUUGUUGAGUGAUUAUGCACACCCAGCAGUAGACAACAAAGCAAAAUGGAACUUGGAGAGUUUAUUUA